AUGAGGGCCUGGAUUUCCGGACCGCCGGAGCUGUACGUCAACGAGGACGGCGAGGUGAGCAUGCGGUGUGAGCUGAGCCAGGGACCACACGACCUGGGUACCAUAUUCUGGUACCUGGGUAACGUGCCGGUGUUCACGGACCAGGCAAGCCUCCAGUCGAUCCGGCAACCGAGGGUCAGCGUUCACACCGAAUGGGUGGACGGUCUCAAGAGCACGCUGCACAUAGCCCGGGCCAAGCUCGCCGACUCAGGAAACUACACGUGCAUGCCCACGUUUGGACAAUCAGCCACCAUCAACGUGCACGUGGUCAACGGCGAACACCCUGCAGCGAUGCAGCACGGAAACCGGAGUGCGGUCAGCGGCCAGAUGACCGUCCACGUGCUAGCCCUGUUCAGCCUGGUCAUAAUGCUGUCCAAUCCGGUGCUGUUCGGACACUGA